CCGGAAGAAGUCGCGCAACCUCGUCCCACCAGCCCCUCCCCCGGACCCUCGUCGCAAGUAGGCGGUACGGCAGAGCAGCCACAAGUCAUCAAUGGCGUCGACAUGUUCGCGCGCAACGAAGCGGUCACGGGCUCGUUCGACGUCGAUCCAAUGUUGGAAACCCAACCUCUCAUGAUGCCGUCAGACAUGUCCAAAGCACAUGCGGCUGUCUGGGGCACAAGCACGUCCCCACUGCAAUUGAACGCAGCUUUCCGAUCGCUGAAACUCUCCGUUACGGUGGACGUCGCUGUUGUCGGGCCGCCUACGCACGAACCGCGCCGGCGGAGGACACCAGUGCGACUAUGUGCGUCCACCCGGUCGGAGCCGGUAAUCAUGAACAUUCGCGAAGUCGACCUCCGAUACUGCCUGGACCUCCAUGUCGAGUCAAAGUCCGGAGACAUCACCGUCCUCCUCCCGCCCUCCUUCUCCGGCCCCAUCAUCAUCCAGAAGAAGAAGGCCGACUCGCUCACCCUCCUCCCCGACUUCGCCACCACCACCCGCACCCUCCGCACGACGGACCACGAGACCGUGCUCCUCGUCUCCUCCCCCGCGUUCCCCGUCCCCGCGAUCGACAAGCCGCUCGCGCAGACGGCCGACGACGACCUCGCCCGCGCCCUCCUCCACGCCAAGCACGGGCGCAUCACCAUCGGGCUCUCC